GCUAACAUGGCGGUCGGUAAAGACGACAAAUAUUGAUAUAAUUUUAACGCUAUUUGAGUUGUUAUUUUGAUCGAACGCUAUURGAUCGCAUGCUACACGAAUAACAACAUUUCAUUGUAUAUAACCAGACCAGUUGGAUGGUUCAAAGACGAAACAGUCCUCAUAUUUUGGAAGUCCUUUGAACUUGACAACGACAAAACAAAAGAUGUGAAAAUUGGUUUUGGCGGGUUUUCUUGUAUUGUGUUAUAAUCAAAGGUAUGAGGGAUUUUGAUCAAAAAACACUCAGAUCAAAUGGCAGACGAUUUAUCAAGUUUUAUUGAGCAACAAAAGAACAAGUUGGAGAAAGAACGAGCAGAAUUAACUAGAGAUGGGAAUUACAACUUUACUUCUCAAGAUAGACAUGGAAGAAAAUCUCCCAAGGAAAUUGAAGUAACAAAAAGAAAUAUUGAGCAGCCAUCAGUGAAAUCCACUUCUAAUGGCAAUGAAGAAUCUGGUUUACAGCUAGGAGGUUAUGCCAAACACCAGCAGAAACUAAAAGAAGAGAGAAGACAAGAAUACAUCAAGUUCUUAGCAGAGAAACAACUAAGAACUACAGGGAAAGUUGAUGGUCCUGCAUUGAAAGAAAAAGAUGUGUCACCAAUAACUAAUGCAGUGAAUGAUAAACAAGAGUCAAUUGGAAGAAGGUCAAUAGAAGGACAGUAUGAAAAAAGAGACUCCCCACCUCCCCCUAGAAACAGAAGACGUGGUAAAGAAAACUAUGAGAACAAUGAUGAUUAUGUCGAUGGUAGAGGAUCUCGGCAAUAUCCUGCAAAGGAAAGUUAUGAAGAUCUGCUGAGAAGAAAAAGAGCUGAUGAACGAAAAUAUAGAGGGUUUGAAGGCUUUGACAUUGAUGAUGAACUAAGACARAUGAAACUUGCCAGUAGAAACUACAAGUCAAGUUCUAGAAGUGAUGGAUUUCUUUCACGUAGACACGAUGAUGAUUUUGAUGAUGACGAGUUUGGAUAUGGAAGACGUUCUAGAAGAAGAAAUAGGAAUGUYGAGUCCAAACGAGUACGAUUUCAUGAGUAUGAUGAUGAAGAUGACAAUAUGGAUGACAGAUACUGGUCAAGACCACCACGUCGGCGACUAGUAAAUGAUUAUGAUGAGGAUGAGGAUGACUAUCUUUUUGAUGCUAUUGAUAAGCUUAAGAGGCAGUCACGUAGAGAAGGAAGGAGAAGAAACAGUGCUCAUGAAGAAAGAACUGUUAAUCGCCAACCAGUAUCUGAUGAUUCCAUUAGAAGAACUAAAACUGACAAUGAAAUCAGGUCCAAUUCUGCACCUUUACCAGAAGGAGCUGGAAUUAUUGGUAGCCAUAUUGAAACCAGAGAAAUGAAACUCAAGAAACAAGAGAAGUACAAACGAGAACUGGAAGAACAAAUGAAACUAAAAGAAAGCAAUAAGAAGAAAGAAAAAGUGGAAAGGUUGGGUGCUCCUGGUGAAAUACCUGGUAACUUCCUGGAUUCUGACCGACAACAGAAUCAGAACACAACACCAAGGAUAUCACAGCAGSCAGCUCUAAAACAAGACCCUUACAACAUACCCACUGCUAAUUAUGGCCCUAGUUCCAGGCCACCCCAACAUCAAUCGUUGUACCCUAGCCCUUAUGAUGACCCCUAUUAUUAUUAUGGGACACAAGAAAGGGGUGCUCGUACAGCAACUGCAUUACAGGAUCCAUUAUUCAAUAGCCCAGGAUAUGGAUCUACAGGACAUUAUGAUGGUGGUACAAGGGGGGAGCCUUCACUAGACCAUUAUCAAGAUAGACAAGAAAGAAAAAAGAAAGUGGGAUUUUCACCUGACCAGCCAGCUGUUUCUCCAAGAGGAGGUCAYGUUCAUCAGCCUCCAGGGGGGGUUAGUCACUUGGGUGGCGUGGUUAACAUUGGUCAAGGAAACCAAGAAGUUGAUGACAAACAAAAUAAAAGGGUAGCCAUGCAAGCUUACCAAGAAGAGCUUAGAAAACAGAUGGAAAUAAAAGAGCAACAAAAGAAAAAAGAAAAAGAAGAGCUAGAAAGAUACAACAAAAAGAUAGAAGAUGAGGUGGAAAAGUAUAACCCAUGGGGGAAGGGUGGGGGAGGUGCACCAUURAGAGAUGUGUCAACAGGUCAAGUAAUAGCUGAUCUUCGUGGUGUGAGUAAAGACAAUGUUGAUGGCAGAAAGUCUGCUAACCUACAAUUUAACCCAGGUCCUGUAUUAGAUGGCAGCCAGCUUUCACCACGGUCUACCUACCAAUCACCACAACCACCAACGUAYCAACCACCACAAGCCUAUCAACAACCAGCAAGUUACCAACAAUCAGGUAAUGCUGCUGCRUCAAAUGCCUCUCCCUAUGGCAGGUCAGACCCACUGAAAGAAAGACAACCAAAUGAUGAUAUAAAAGAAAAAGCCAAGCAGGAGUACCAACAAUACCUGAGACUGCAGGUGGAAGAAAAAGAAAGAAAAAAGAAAGAAGAACAAGAUAAAAUUAAAGCUGAAGAGGAAAAAGAGGAGAGAAGACUACAGGAGCAGCGUGACAGAAUGCAAAAGGAAUACCUUGAAGAGCAGGAAAAGAUCAGGAAGAAAGAGGAGGAGGUGAAAAAGCAAAAUGAAGCAUUACUGGAAGCACAGAAUGCCAAGAAACAAGAAGCUGAACGCAAGAAAAAAGAGAUGGAAGAUAAAAGACAAGAAGAACUGAGAAAAAAACUUGAAGAUGAAAUGGCUGCUAAAAGAGCUGCUGAAGCAGGGAACUUUAGAUCUGACUCACCUCCAAUUCCCACUAUGAGGAAACAGACUAAUGAUUCAGAUCAAAGAAGGAAUUCCCCACCUGUACCUGCAUUAACAAGCAAGAAUAGUCAAGUGCAUUCAGCUAAACCAUCUUCACCUGCAUUAUCAACCGUACCAACAAGAAUGCAAUCAGUGACAUCAGUGAGAAGUCAAAAUGACAGUGAUGUUUUAAGUCAGUUAACUGCAUUAAGACAACAGUUAAAGAAUGAAGAACAUAAAGUACAAUCACAGAUUGGACAUACAGCUGCAGUGAAUAAGUAUUCCCAGAUGAGCAGAGUUGAAAACGAGAGCAGGAGAGGUAAAAGAGAUGUUAGUGUGUUUGACAGAGCACUUACAAACAAACCAGCAGUAACUGGAAGAAAAAUUGACUCUGAUUAUUCAGCUGCUGACGAGUUCAACCGUAUAAAGCAGGAAGAAACUUCUUCUCUGGCUGGAGAGUUCAGGAGUAGAUUUCCACAACCAGCUACAACUGACAGUAUGCUUGAUUUACAGCAGCAAGAGUAUUUAAGGGAGCAAGAAGAUAAACUGUCAUCUCUAAGAACUGGUAAACCUAGGCAUCCUAAUGACAUACCUGGCCCUUCUCGUUCUAAAAGCAAAGAUUCGUUACUGGAAUCAGAGAGUCAGUUCAUUGCAGUGGACGAUCCUGCUAUCCCUGCAUCAAAGACAGACCUUCAGCCAAGGCAGCCAUCGGCCAGAGAAAGACGAAGAUGGAAACAACUAGAAGAAAUGGCUAAAGAACCUAAGCCUUAUGAUACUUACAAACCACCAACRCCAGGAGGUUUCUCUCUCAAUUCUGUAACAAGUUUUAACGUCGAUGAAGUCGCAACUAAGAAUGAGGAGAGACUAAAACGACUGCAAGCGAUUCAACGUGCUGGUGGUGGUGGCGGUGGGUCAAAUCCUGAUGAUGUCUUGAAACAGUUUAUGAGUGAAAGAGGUCGACCACUAACAAGAACGUCAGAGGCAUCUCUAGAAGCAGAAUCAAGCUAUGAACCUGUAUUAAAUUAUUAGAUUUCAGUCAUAUUAUAUCAAGAUGGAAUUUAGAGUCGUUUUCAUUAACCCAUGAAACACACUUUAGCGUAUUUAUCGCUAUUACACUUUGGCUCUUUUGAUUUUUUUUUUUUUUUUUUUUUUUUUUGUCUCUACCCGACUAUUACGAUCUAUUACACUCUGAUUAUUACACUUUGUUUCAUGGGUUUAUGAAAACCACUCUAUAACGCAAAAUUAUUUAUUGUAAUACGCGCUUGCAUUGAUUAAUUUCAGUGGCUGGUUGAGCUGAGGUAGUGUCUAAUGUAUUUUGUUUUUAAUGUGGAGAUUUCUAUGGCGGCUGUUCCUCGGCUUUUGAAAUCUCUAUGUAAACUCGUCUCUUAUUUUAAUGUAAAUAAUGUAUGGUAAAAUCAACGUUAAACACAAAUAUAUAUGAAUAGUAAUAGAUUUGAUUCUCCGACAUCAGAAUAUUAAUAUGGUAUUUUUCGUUUGUCUUCGACAAACAGAGGUUUUAGAGUCAUUGCAUACAACCCGUGAAAUAGUAAAUAUACUAUUAGUUAGUAGAAGCAGUUUUAGCAUUACUCACUAAUAAUUAUUGUUUCACGUGUUACAUGUAGUGAUUAAAGAACACGUACUCAUAAUGGGAAUUGUUUGGAAACCUUUUGUUGUACUUUUUUUCUACGUAUUUAGAUGUUGAUUCAGUCAAGACCAUGUACAACGUUUUUCUUACGGACGAUGGAAAUUACAAAAUGAGUGAACAUAAACACUCUCUAUGGGAUGAUGAAAUGAAAUAUUUCAAUAUUGGUUAAAAUGUUUUGUGCAUUUUGAAGAAAUAGCCAAAAUAAAUAAUUUUCGCUCUGUUCAUUCAGAUGUGACCAGUAUGGCUAAAACAAUAGAACAAUAGUUAAACAAAAGAUUGUGUACGGUUGGGAAAAAAAACUACAACAAAAGGCUUCCUGACCAUUUCCUCUAUAAACUACGAUAAAAUAGACUAAAGUUACGAAAGCUAACAAUGUCAGUAAACGUAAUGAUAGAUAACUGUAACAGAAUAACAAUUAUGAUGAUGUUAAUAAUCUUUAUAUAGUUCACAUCGCUCAUCUCUCGUUUGAGAGCAAUUUUAGGAAAGUCGAGUGCUUUUCACAGCUGUUCGUCCUGGUAUAAAACUGUUUCUGUUUUUACAUUUUAUUUCUGCAUUGAAUAAAGCGCCUUUUUUUAAGUUUGAAAAUGAACUUGUCAUAAAGAGAGAAGAGAAUUGGCACGUCUCUGAUAGGGCUACUGCUGUGAUCCUACUAUUGUUGUAUAAAAUACUGUGUUAUUUAAAGCCAUUGAAGUCCUUCAGUCAAUAGACCUCCUACCUAUAGUAGUAUUAACUCUUUCUUCUCUUAUUAAAGCUGGAAGUCUUGGUUUCUCAAA